UCACGCUUCAGCGGCACUUGCGGCUGCCGGUUGAAACCAAAACACUGUUAACACAUGAUAAACAGGUGUACCGGCGGCACGUCAACGCCGGUAUCGCGAGAUUGACAGGCUGAUCGAACGCCACCGCGGGUUGGGGCUGCCUUUGAUCAAGUUUCAAAAGAAAAGUGGCAGCGAUCUUACGCACUUUUUUCACCAGACUGAAAAAUGAAAGAACGAUUUUUGAUCGGUAACAUGGCAAAUUCCGAUGCGUUUGAACGAAACUUUUGGCAAUCGAACCGGGUUGCAUUCUAAGCUAUAAAUAUUGAAACUUGCAAGGUUGAAUGCAUCAGUUCCAUUCUGCAAAUCAAGCGAUACAGUCAGCUAGAGAAAUGUUAUUCCAAGUAGUGAACCUUUUAGGGCUUGUCGCGGUCAGCUUAGCAUAUCGUCAGUAUGCAUACAGUACAGAGGUGAAGCACAUCAUCCCAAUCAAGCAGGAUCUCAUCGAAAGCCCACAGGACAUACCGACGAUCGUGGUACUUGGAGAGGGUGAAGAAUCCAGUGAAAAGCAACCAGAACCAGAGCAACAACUACAGGAACCCGUUGAACCAGAACAAGAACAAGCAAUCGAGCAACAGGAAAACACAUUGGAAAGUGAACCCGAAGUCGACCUGAACUCCCACUACUUUAGCCACUACCCAAAGUACCAGUACGAAUACGGCGUUAAGGACUACCUCACCGGAGAUCACAAGAGUCAGUGGGAGACCCGCGAGGGAGAUGUCGUCCGGGGGGAGUACACGCUGCUGCAGCCGGACGGAACGCACCGGGUUGUGCGCUACACCGCGGACGACAAGAACGGAUUCGAGGCCGAGAUUAAGAACGUCGGAAAGGCGAACGAGCUGAGUGAUGGCGCUGGGGAGAUUGAUGUGCGGAGUCUGCAGACAACCGCCGAAGAAGAGGAGGGAUCGCAGGGCGAGGAGCUCAGCAGUGGGAAGAGUGAUGGGCAAAUUGCGUACAGUUAUAAUAAGUUGCGGCAAUAUCUGUGAAAGUUUUUGAGUGUUGAUAUGUUAAG